AUGCCUCAAAAUCUUUAUUUCCAUCUUCCAACGAGCCUUCUUGGCUUACUCGCUUCGGUCCUCCUGGCACCGACCACCGCUUCUCCCGCACCUGCGCCAGGCUCUGUACAAGUCCAAACCAUAACCAUAACCGCCCCACCGAGCAUUGCCUCAACCGCUCCGCAGUUCACAGACACCGCGCGCUUCACCUCCGCUAUCCUCAACAGCACGAAUUUCUUCCGGAGUGAACACAAUGCCUCCGCUGUGAUAUGGAACCACACUUUAUCAACAUACGCGUCCUCGUACCUCGCGUCAAUGGGGUCUGAAUCUCCCGACUCGGGGUCUGAGUGUGAUUUUUCCCACUCAGGCGGUCCAUACGGGGAGAACCUAGCAUUGGGCUGCAAUGAGGUGACGGGGUGCGUGGACCUGUGGGGCGACGAGCGGGAGCAGUACAACUACGACGACCCGGCAUUCAGCGAGGAGACGGGCCACUUCACGCAGCUCGUGUGGAAGAACACUACGGCCGUGGGUUGCGGCAGCCGCUUGUGCGGUACGAGAGGCUGGUAUCUCGUCUGUGAGUACUGGCCGCGCGGAAACAUUAUUGGCCAAUUUGACGAGCAGGUCGGGCGUCAGGUCAGCGGCACCGGGAGCAGCGGCACGGCAGAUGGUGCUCCAGGAGAUAAUGGAAUGUGGAGCCAUGCUGCGAGAAACGGGCCCCCACCAUGGCUGUUUUAUCUGAUCACUUUGUCAUUUUUAGGUCUAUGGUAG